UGGUUAGAGUCGAACAAGAAGCUUGAAUUUGGUGAGAGAGAUUUUGUUUCUAAACUCGAUUUGAUUGCCAAGUUACGUGGCCUUCAAAAGGCAGAGAAAUACAUUGAGAGUGUUCCAUAAUCUUUUAGAGGUGAGCUAUUAUACCGAACGCUGCUGGCUAACUGUGCUGGUCAGAACAAUAUGAUGGCAGCUGAGAGAAUAUUCAACAAAAUGAAGGACUUGGAUUUUCCACUUACAACAUUUACUUGUAACCAGUUGCUGCUUUUGUACAAGAAGUUGGACAAGAAGAAAAUAGCUGAUGUGUUACUACUGAUAGAAAAAGAGAAUGUCAAACCUUGUAUCUUUACUUACAGAAUCUUAUUAGACGUGAAGGGCCAGUCUAAUGAUAUUGCUGGAAUGGAGCAAGUACUGGAGACAAUGAAGGUGGAAGGGAUUGAGCCAGACAUCCAAAUUCAGGCACUCUUGGCUAAACAUUACACCUCAGCUGGGCUUAAUGAAAAGGCUGAAACUGUACUGAAGGAGAUAGAAGGUGAAAACUUGAAAGAAAAUCGGUGGCAAUGUGCAACAUUAAUUCGUCUUUAUGCAAAUCUGGGAAAGGCCGAUGAAGUGGAGAGAAUUUGGAAGGUUUGUGAAUCAAAGGCUGGGAUUGAUGACUGCCUUGCUGCAGUUGAAGCUUGGGGAAAGUUAAAGAAAAUUGAUGAAGCUGAAUCAAUUUUUGAGAGGGCGUCAAAGAAAUGGAAACUUAAUUCCAAGAACUACUCAGUUCUUCUGAUGGUUUAUGCAAAUAAUAAUAUGCUAAAGAAGGGUAAGGAUCUUGUUAAGUGAAUGGCAGAUAGCGGGACCAAUAUAGGCCCUUUGACCUGGAAUGCACUUGUGAAACUGUAUAUCCAAGCAGGUGAAGUUGAAAAGGCAGACUCUAUAUUGCUGAAGGCAAUCCAUCGGUAUAAUGUGCAACCAAUGUUUAGCACCUAUAUGGCUGUUUUAUGGCAGUAUGCAAAAAGGGGUGACGUCCACAACUCGGAGAAGAUUUUUCAUGCAAUGAGAAAUUCUGGUUAUACAUCUCGAAUAAGUCAGUUCGAAGCUCUGAUACAGGCGUAUAUAAACGCCAAGGUUCCAGCUUAUGGUAUUAGAGAGAGGAUGAAAACUGAUAACAUAUUUCGCAACAAAUUAGUGGCUAACCGGUUGGUUCAAGUUGACGCAUUUAAGAAAAAUGCACUUUCCGAUUUACUUGAUUGAGAAAAUUGGUACAUUUGGUAUUCUCUGACAGUUGUUUCUACUCUUUCAAUGCAACUAUUAUAUUGUUAGUUAGUUGAAUUGCAGAUUGCAUAAUCCAAGUUUGAAUGUUUUGUCUUAUACUGCUAUCAGCAUAUAUUAAUACUUAGGUCCUGGUUUUAUGAUUC